AUGCCUUCUUUUAAUGAAUAUAAUAAUGGUCGUAAUCAUAGUGGUGGUAGCAGCAGUAGUUCAUCAAAGAAUGUAGAGUUGUAUCCACAAAAACCAUGGAGCAAUGAAUUGUUAUUCGAUCAACAAGAUAGUAGUAAUUCAAUGGAGAAUGAUAGUGAUGAUAUUGAUCAACAACAACAAUCAUCCUCAAAUACACAUCAUCAUCAUCAUCAACAUCAACAACAACAUCAUCAACAACAACUACAACACCAACAAAACAAUAAUAACAAUACCAUUAAGAUUUUACCAAGAGAAAUACCAUCUGGUAUCACCUCCAAUGGUAAAUGGACAUAUCUCUAUCACGAAAAUGAAAUCUAUAUCUACGAUAUCUACACUGGUAUUCGUAUGACAACAUUUUGUUUUAUCGACCAGAAAUAUGAGGUAAGAAAUCAUGUUCUAUACAGAUCAAUUAUGAUUGUUACAGCGGUUUCAGAAUUAAGAUUAUCAGAUUCAAUCUAUUUGGUAGCAGCGGUUGUCAACCAUCAACAACAAGUUGAUCGAUCCGGUCAGUGGACGUCCAAGAGUAAACAUCAAACUGUUUGA